CUGACGGCGUGAGGUCGGGUGCAGCUCCGCACGACGCACAGGGAACUUUUUUUUGUAUGUCAGAGAACAUUCGCCAACAUGGAAGUGGAAGCGGAUAUAUAGUGCCAACUCCGAGGAAAAUGAGGCUCUGAGCAUUUUUUUAUUUUUUCACUCGCCAAGAUUCUCAUUUGUUAGUGUUUGUGACUAGUGACGUGCAAAUUUUUAUUGGAUACUAUUAAAUAGAGAUAAUAGUGAUUUUUGUGAGAAAAUAGAGAAUAAACAAGUGGGAACAUGUUAUUAUUUAGCAAAAGAACUUUGGUGCCACUUAUUAGUGCGUUUUUAGUGGCAUUCUUCGUCACGUCAUCUGCAGGCGAGUACCCAGAAUGGGGGUGCGACCCGGAGACGGAACAGGCGUGCAGGACCAACUCGUCCUUAUGCGUGCCUCUGGAGAAUGUUGGCGACGGCUUCAUCGACUGCCCUGACGGAUCUGACGAAGACUGCCCUGAUGGUUGGUUCGUGUGCGAAGACAGGUCGGCCUGCGUGGCACCUGACCUUCUACAGGACGGCGUGCCAGACUGCCUGGACGAAACUGAUGAAGUGUGCGACGACUGGCAACAUGAGUGCCUCUGCGGCUUCCCAAGGUGCAUCGACGUGGCUCUCGUAGGAGAUGGCGUUCUCGACUGCCUGGAGGGGUCGGAUGAGCUGGCCAUUGACAAAGACACGUACAUCUGUCCAGCCGAGGUCGCAGAAGGUCAGGAAAUGCGCAGGAAACGACGACAGGCUAAUGAGGUCAGGACGGUGGUAAUCGACGCAACCUCGACUACUUCUCCUCCACUCGAAGGCGACCAACCUACAGGACUGUUGUAUUCAAGCGUCGGUACUUUCAUUAACGACGGUACGACCUCUGAGUACAUGACCCUCGUUCAUGGCACGCACGUGAAGAACGAGUACACCCAGGUCACAUCUACCUCGUCGAGGAUCUUCUUCUCUUUGCCUACGCGGUUAUCCGGCAGCAAGCCCGAAGGAGUGAUGUCAACUAAGGUGCAGACGCGUGCGGAUGACUAUGCGACCACGCUCCUGACGACACGUUACAUACGAACCCACAUUGACGGGACUUACGCACAACUGAUCGAGACGAUAACAGAUGUUCAUCCAAACCUUCCUUUGUCUCCAACAGCUCCUGUGAGAAUCCCUGUCCAUGGUACUUUCUUCACUCAAAGUCCCAGUGGGCAGCAUGCAAAGCUGGAAGUGAGCUUGGUCGAAGGUGUCCUUCAACCUGAUCCGGUGGGAGAUGAGAUCGUGACACUUAUGGGAACCCAAGGACAGUUCAUCAAGGAGGGGGUUUCACAGGCCACAACUUACAAUGUGUUCACUGGGUCUUACGUUAAGGAUCUCCGCACUUACCUCUUCUUCUUUGGAAACACUGCCUUGCCAGGACACACACUGGAUGUGGGAGAGGUUGAGCCUUCUGAGACAAUGCACACUGAAGUUGUUGUUAAGAAGGGAGGAGUACAGUCGAAGAUUCUGGUCGACAUGGAGAAAGACCUCCAGGUUAUCAUGCCUUCUAAAACUCACAUUAUAGACGCUACUGUUGCCCCCGAUCUCCUGAUGGGCGAGGGAAUGAUUGACGGCCGUAAAAUGGGAGGAGUUUUCAUCGAAGGAUCCGAAGGUUUUGAGAUGGAGGGCGCCCAGACCCAGAGCGGUGAAACGAGCAUGCUCACGAUCACCAUUGGACGCCCAGUAGCCCACACCCGCAUCAUUCAAGCAUCCUCUGUUGUGAAUCCAGUGGAGGUGACAGUACUUAGCAUGGAAGAAAAGCUUCGCGAAACAGAUGUAAUGGACAAUGAAAUCGAUGACUCACUUUUGCAAGCUCGCAAGGUACAUUUUACUGGUGAUGAAAUCAUUGCUGACCUGCAGCCUUCUCCUCCUGUAAAGGUUGAUAUUCCCACCUUUACAAUUGACCACUCUAAUGUGCCCCUCGAGGCUGUAGUGGGAGUCACUAGGAAAACUACAAAUUCUGUGGGGAAGAGUGUCAGUGAAGGUCACCAGCGGUCAUCUCAGCGUGAAGGAAAGUCCAUUGAUGACAUUCGUGCUAAAUUCAACCUUGGGACUGGAGGUGAAGAUUCUGACCUGCCUACUGUAACCUAUGUAGGUUUUGCAGACUUCACAACCACUAUCGCUGACACUGUAGUAGUUUUCACCCCACGAUCAGGUUCACCUAACAAGGUUCUCAAGCCCCAAGUUGCACCAACAAAAGAGGUGGCACCAACCAAAGUUCUGACUCCAACUCUGGCAACUGAGGCUCCUGAGGUGACAUCUUUAAUACCACGUCUUGCAACUUCUCGCCACAGUGAAGAGAAAAGUAUCAUUGAAACUCCCUCUCAGACUCCUCCACUUAGGACAACAGAGAAUGUUGCCGAUGAAAAGAAUGUGGAAACAAUGAUGGUGUCCAAGACUGAAGGAACAGUAGUGAACACAGCUGGAAUAGAUGAUGGUGCCACUGAGGGUAAGGACAUUAUCACCAUCUCUAUCAUCUCUACUAAGCGCUACAAUACUGUUGAUUUGUAUCCUACAGGUCUUGUGUCUUCGAUUGGUGGCACCAUUGCGAUGAAUGACAUGACAACUCUCUUGACCACCUAUGUGCAUGGUACUUACAUACAAGGACAGUAUGCUCAAAUUGUGGAGAGUACAUCCAGCAUUUUCUAUCUUGUGCCAGUGUCAACAACCCAAGACAUCCAGGCAACUAAGCCAUUUGAAACCAUUACUUCAACUAUAGGCUUUGACUACCCAGAACCUACAACAGAAUUCUUUGAUAUUUAUGAUGAAUAUGAUUAUGAAGGAACCACAACAGAAGAUCUGCCUCCAAAGGUGUUUGAAGAAAUUGAUGAUAAUGCUCUAGGCAGGUCGGUUGCAUCCAGUCCUAAUCAGCAACAGAUUGUGGACACAGACAAAGAAAAUGACCAAACAGAAUCCCCACUGAAGCCAGAUCCAGUUGAUGAUUUAAUAGAUCACAUCACCACCCUCACCUUCUACACCACCUACUUCAAAGACAGUCAGACAACUGUUUCCACCAGACUAGAGACUUCAACAGUCCUCCGUCCCUUCAUCUUCACCCAAGAUUCCACACUUGAAGCAACUCCCACUGAAGAACCAGAAAUUUCUGCUACUGAAGAACUGACAACCCAUACUGUCUACACUACUCUGUUUGUUGAUGGGUCGUCUACUGUUUCUAGCCAGAUAGAAGUGCACACCAAAGGUGCUGGGGAGAGUAUCCAGAAUGAUUUCUCUUCUGUCACCACAACUAUUCUUCCUACUUUUACUGCAUUGGAAGUAGACAGUGCUACUAUUACACCUGAUACUACACCAUCAGAUGAAGUUGCUGUGGUAGAAGCAAUCAGCAUUGAUGAGUAUGAUCUGACCACUGAAUCAGUAGUUGAAUCUUUCACAGAGUCCAUGUCAGAAUCUAUGUCAGAGUCCUCGACAGAUAGCUCUGCGCAGGAUGUGACAGAAGCUCCAGGAUUCUCCCUGGAUUCCUCAUUAAACCCCGAAGAAGAAGUGAGCUCAGGUUUCUUACCACGCACAUAUUACACCACAUUCACGUUCUUUACCACAUACUACCGCUCGGGCACCUCGUCUAUUGUGAGCAGCCUUGAGACCGAAACUAAUGUGGUAACCGAUCCUGGUGACCAGGAGAACUACAAGACUCUUACUCCCGAAGUACCAACAUAUCCUGUCACCUACUAUACCACAUUUACCUACUGGACAACGUACUUCAAGGGAAAUACAACUUCAUCUGUGAGCUCUGAGACGACAUACUCUGAUGUCAUAACACCCACAGCACAAGUGAAGCCAACCAUUGUUCCUGAACUUCUUCCUACAGUUUCUCCAUCUCCAACAUUUGUCUUAACAACUAAAUCUAGUACUCCUGCUGUGACUACAUUCUAUACAACUUACACAUAUUAUGCCUCCACUUACAUUGGAGAUAACAUAAUUGUAAAUAGCCGAUUGGAGACGAAAACCGAAGUUGUAACUGCUACUCCCACUCUCCCAGUGUUUGCUACAACUACUGAAGAAUCUACUAAAUCAUCUAUUGCUCUUCCAUCAACAUCAACUGGACUAUUGUCCACCAUUCGAGGCAGCACUGUGGUUGAUGGAACUACAACAGUCUUCUCAACAGACAUUAUUGGCACAGUGGUUGAUGGCCUUUAUGCUCAGAUUCAGUCGACAACCAGCUUUACUGUGGCUCCUACCACCACAAGUACUCCUGUCUUCCUCUUGCCAACACUCAGCACGGAAACAAAGGAAACUCUUCCAUUCUUCCUCUUUCCAACCACCACCUCUAGAUCAACUCCAUUCUUUAUCUUCCCACUUACUACUGAGGAGACAACAACAGAAACAACUCCUUUCUUCAUCCUUCCCACUUCAGAGGCAAAAGAGUCAACCAGCACCCCAUUCCUUCUGUUUCCUACUGUCACAGAAGAAACAACCACUGAAAGUGAAACUGUGCCUUUCUUCAUUUUCCCAACAACUACUCAAAAGACACCAUCUAGUCUUGCUACCAUUGAAGACUUGUUAUCAGCUAUUGCUGAAAGUGUUCUUGAUGCUUCUACUUCUCGACCACAGCUUUUCGCCACACCAGUUCUUGACUCAUCACUGAAUGAUGCUGCCACUGAUACAUUAUCCAUAGAAUCAGCUACAGAAGCUUUACCUGAGGAAGAAGCAGUUACAGAACCCCCAGAGGAAGAGGUAAUCGUUUCUCCGACAACAAAGAGCAAACUACAAUUUGCCUCAAUAUUCCCAGACUUCAAAAAACGACCGUCUGGUUCUCGCAAUAGGCCAGACUUCGUCCCUAUCAUAAGACGUUCAAGAUGGUCUGCAACUGUUACAAAUACUGGCUUGACUCCUACUGUCACAGCAACACCUGCAAGCAAUUCUGAUACUACAAGAGCAACUUCAUCCACUCGCCCAUUCAGGUUUGGUUUUGGUACUUCAUCAGCAAGGACAACACCAACAUCCUCACUCCGUUUACGAUUCUCAACUCCUGGUGCCUUUGGUGCUUCCAAUAUUAGCCCAGGUGUUGCCAGAACCAGCAGCCCAAGACCAGGAAGUACCUCUGGCUUUAGAUUUGGUUCAAUUUCAAGUGUGCAGAGAGGUUCCAGCAGUCCAGGUGGCUUUAGAUUUGCUGGAACCCUUUCAUCAGUUUUCCCUGGUAGUACUAAAUCCAUAUCACCAUCAUCUGUCUUCUCAGGAUUCACAGUAACAGCUGCACCUGAGUCUGACCUUGAAAUUAGCAUAGAUGAUGAUGAUAAAUCUUCCUCUAAUAACCCUGAAUCAGGUUUUAGGCCUUUUAGCUUCCGGCCAAGACAGACAUCAAAUGGCCCGGGAACACGAUCCUCUAUUCCAUUUGCACUCCUUAAUCGUCGACCAAACACACCAAAGAGACCAAGUGCGAGUGUGAGUCGAUUUGCCCCCAAGGAAAAGGAUGAACCAGAGAUCAUUGAAACAGAGCCUGAGAUUCAGCCAACAACUGAAGCUCCUACAACUUUCCAUAGAUCAUCUUUAGAUUCACCUAGGCAGAACCGCUUCCGGCAGGGUCGCCCUGACUUGUCUAAAUUGUUCCCCCGAAGAAACAGAGCUCUUCAGAAUGAAGCUUCAGAAGUGAGUCCUGUAUAUGUUGAAGCUGGGGGAAGGCGACUAACACAAGAAGAACUGGAUGAGAUUUUGGCACAAGAAGUUUCAGACACAAUUUUCAAGAGAAGAAAGCGUCAGGCAACAUUUGGGCAACGCACUUCCCGAGGCAAUUCAAGACCAAGUAGGAAUAAUCCUCCACCAGACAAUAGUCGUAGAGCAAGAGUAUCACGUCCUACAGCACGUGUGGCUCCCUCUCCACCAAGAUCAAGCAAUAACUCUCCUUUCACACUUACCCCUGCACGUGGAAGGAGUCGUGCCCCAGAACCAGAGCCCAAGCAACCUACACCUCCUGCACCUGCAAGGGAGAAUCCUCGAGCUCGAGGUUCUACAGCCCGCCAGUCAAGGACAACUCCUUCAACUAGCCGCACUACCCUUCCACAAAGACCCAGAUCAAGCCGAACAAGGAGUGCUGUUCCCUUAGGAAAUAUUCGCGGAAGAGGAUUUAGACGUCCCUCUACAGAUAACAAUUUCCGUCCUUCAAGUAAAUUUACUCCUAAUCGUCAGUCUCCCAUAGUUCCUCCCACAAGAAGUUCUGCCAGGAGACCAACAUUAAGCAGUAGUAGAGGCAGUACUCGUGACUCAGACCGCAACAAACCACAAGAAAACCCAAUAACUGCAUUCCGGAAGAAGCCAUCACCUGAAGUUCCAACAGAGCCACCUGCAAUCUUUCCUAGUGAUGAUGGAGGUUUCUUAAUUCAAGAAGAAAUCACUGUAACUCGCGAAAUUCCCGUAAAAGCCACUAUCCCAGUGGUUGAGAAUGGACAAACUCAGCAAAAGGAAGUUAUCACAGCUUCUCUACAAACAGAGAUAAUUCAGCCUGAUCAGAUCACACAAAGUACUAUUGAUGGAACUGUCAGGCUUGUACUUAGCACCUUUGCUGGAGAAAAUGAUAUCACUCACUAUGUUGUAGAUCCUGUGGAAACCACCACGGUGACACACACACGUACCUUCAUUGGAGGUCGCCGUACCUCAGUCCCUGUUGAGCUUCCAACAACUGCCUAUAGUGUGGUUACAGUGACAGAGACCAAGGCCGGUGGAGACAUCCAGCAGCUGCUUUCAUUACUCCUUGGACAGCAACAGCAACAAAAUCCUCUGCUUGCUGCUCUUGGUUUGGGACAACCUAUGACCAGUGAGAGGGUGCACACACGUUCCUAUGUCACCACUGUCACUAAUCACAUAUCAACAGCAAUUCCUGUCAUAUUGCGUGGUAGAACUAUUCAGACCACCAUUGUAGAGAGUGAGGUGAAGGUUAUCACUGCUACGGAAUUAAGUACAGAAACUGUGCUUACGCAAAAUACUGCAUCCCCUUUCAUCAAUCCUAACCCCCUCAACCAGCUUCUGCCAAUCCUCCUACAGGGUCAGCUGCAGCAACAAUCUCCACAGAUGAGACCCACACGAGAGCCAUCUAUUGAUACACAGUCAAUCACCCCACAAUUGUUGGAACAGGCCUUAAAACAGCAAGAAGCAUUGAAAGCAGAAAACCCUCCCACACCAUCCCCUCCAUUACCUACCCCAGUUGAAACUUCAAUUGUGACAUUAUAUGUCUCAGGAAAACGGCCAGGAGAGUUUUCAACCUUGCUGUCAACAGUGACUUUAAGUGGUGAUUCAACUCGUAUCAAACGAGGUUCUCUCUCUACAAAGGAUGUGCAGCCAACAGUCCUUCCCCAUUACAUAGAAACAGACAAAGGUAUCUUCCAACUCCCAGAAACUUAUGAAGCAGAUGACAUGGACUGGUUUAUAAUGUCUGCUAUGAAUGAGAUUGACACUAGUGAUAUCAGAAAAGUGACACCAAGUUUAGAAUCUGUGUUAGGAGAUUUAAGUCAGUAUUCAUAUCAAGUACCGGAAAGCACUUCCUACAGAACGAGUCCUUUUUUAUGGGAGGGCCCCGCUGAGUCAACCCCGCUCAAGCGGAAUGUUCGUAGUGCACAAAGGGGUAGCAAUGAAAACCAAGGUGAACUUCGAUUCCCAGGUGCCAGGAAGAUCCAAGAUGGAACUCGUCAGCAGAUUGUUGAGGAUGAACGCCCCAUUCUUGGACAGUUCAAUAUUCCAGGUCUCAGAUUCCAGAGCCGUCUGAUUUCUGAGCAAAUCCAGCAGCUACAGGCACCAACAACCUACUACACAACAUUUACAUACUACACAACACUUGUUGAUGAUAUUGGGCGUGAGUAUUUGCAGAGCUCAGAGGAAACUAUCACUCAGUUGGCUACUCAUGGUAAUGUGCGAUUUGAUGAUUUUACCAGGAUUGGUGGAGAAUCACCAUUGUUAACUAGUGUUCCUAUACAGGCUAAAUUUACACUAGAGGAUGCCAUCAUUCCAGGAAAGCCAAGACCUGUUCCCGAUCCAGUAUUUGAAGAGCCAGAACCACCAUUUGGCCCAGUCGUCCGAGAAUCAGUUAUUGAGCCUUUACAGCCAGGGCUUGAAUCACAGGGUUCCAAAACUCUAAGUGAAAUACCUGUUGAACCAUCCAGUGAGAGACUAUCUGGUCGUAAAGUUCCAUCAUCAGUAGCUGAGCAAUUGAUACCACAGCAGAUUCUUGCUUCUGAUCAAGAUUUGCUUGGAGAUCAGAUCAACGAGGAAGACCCAGUGAACCCUGCACAAAAUCCUCGUCGAAUUGUCCUCACCCGGAAACGGCCUAUUUCCGAGCAGAUAUCUGAAGACAGACGCCGUGUUGUGAUUACUCGUAAACGGCCUGUAGGUCAAAAGAAUGAACUUGAAGGUGAGGUAGUUCCAGUAGAUGAACCAGUAACCCCUGAACAGUCUCUCCAUAGAAUACCUGCUUCUCCAUCCUCAAACUUCCUAGCAGAUGGUGACCUGAAAAGAAUUGAGAAUGCAGUCAAGUCAGAUGAACUUCAAGAAUCUAAUGGGCAGGGUAUAAUCCAAGGAACUAUAAAGGCAACUCAUGAGAUCAUGGAAAUGGAAGAACAAGAUCAAGAGGAGGAAAUACCAGGUAGUCCUGGUUCUAGUCGCCAAGUACGUGUCACCGUCACCAAAAGACGUCCAGUUCUACUUACGGAAACUGAAGAUAUUGCAGAUAAAACUACAACACUGUCAGGAGGGCGGCGACGUGUGGUAGUGACAAGGCGCCUUCCACAGCCAACAGUUGUAGCUAGUCCACUUCGUCCAUUGGUAGCUACAGUCAAUACUUUCUACACAGUGUAUUCUUAUCUCUACACUCUGUAUGAAAACAAGACCCCCUUUUCUGUUUCUACAAGGGAAGUAACUGUCUCAAAUCAAAUAGAUCCUACUGUUGUUUCGGUUUUACCUACUUUCCAUACAGGAAGGGCUGCUACUGGACUGUACACAUUAGAAAAUGGAUUCAGUGUUGCUACCUUGGGAGAACGUGUAUUAGAUAGUCUUACUACACAGAUAUUCCUUGCAUCUGCAACGCUGAUAAACAUCACACCAGAAGCUGUCCAGAAAAAUACAGAACAGAAGCAGACAGAACUUCCUGGACUAAGAACAGAACCACCAAUUAGUGUGCCUACUGAAGCAUCUACACCUCUUCAGUCUUCGCUGGCAGAGGAUGAAACUGUUGUAUCUACCAACACACCAAUUCUUACAACCAGCAGCUUUAGAGCCACUCAAAGAGGACAGCAAACUUCACCCCCUCAUCAGAGAGGAAGAGGAGAAACAACACGACCUGCAGAAGAAAUUACAACAGAGCUGGCAAAACCUACACCAUCAAGAGCAGGUGUAAGGAACCGUGGACGAGGUACUGUAAGGUUUGUUGAUAAUCAGCGUACUCGCAUUACAGUCACUAGGCGAAGGCCAGUAUCACCAGCAACAAGGCCAGUUCCCAACACAAGAACAGAUCUUGAGAGUGUGACGAUAGCCACCCCUGAGGAAGAGACAUUCCUAAAGACUGAGGAGCUUGAUGAGUCUCCCAAACAACCAGUUACUGAUUCUACAAGGACUCGUCAAAGGCCAACUGCAGCUACUCCCACAAGACAACGUGGAAGGCCUACCACUUUCAGACAGCCAGAAGAUUCAAUUACAGAUGAUAUUUCUGAGUCAUCUCAGCCUACCAGAAGGCCUUCCGUUUUCAGCCUUCCAAGUAGCCGACGACCGACACAAGCACCUCCCUCGAGAUUCAGGGACAAAGUUACACCUAAACCAACUGAGGAGCCUAUUACUGAAGAAGCUGAAACUGAAGCUCCUCCAGUAACUGAUGCUCCUGUGCCCUCUCCGACCCCAACAAGGCCAACAAGGCCUCCUCGCACUUCCCUUCGAAGAGAUGAUAUCCCUAUCAUUCGACGCCCAGGAAGCUCUCGUCCUACACGCCCCUUCGUGCAUCAAGAUGACUCGGAAACGCCUGAAUCAAAGCCAAAUCUUAGGUUCACGCCUGCCCCAGAACCCAAACCCACAGAUCCUCCACUGCUGGAAGAUAUUGAUCCCUUGGAAGGUGACAUUGCUCUUGAUGAUUACUAUUAUGAUGAUUAUUAUUAUGAUGAUUAUUAUUAUGAUGAAAAUGGUGAUGUACUUCCAUUGGAUGAGACUACAGGAACUGAAGAACUUCCACUGAGUGAAGCCACCGAUGAUGAAGCCCUUCCAGUGGAUGAGUCCACUGGAGCUGAAGCACUUCCAGUGGAUGAGCCAUCAGAUGUUACACCAAAGACUUCCACUCCCACAACCACAACCUCGAGGCCAAGAUUUGUAAGACCUACACAGCUAACCAUCACAAGUAGCUCCUUUGACAUCAUUGAGGCACUGAAGCGCGAACGAACCUACACUCAGAUCGUGGCUCCCACCCGCACACGUGGCCAAAGCACACGUCGACGCACCCGCACUCAGGAGCCAUCCACUACUUCUUCUAUGGCUUCUAACGUGGUGUAUAGUACCUAUGCCACCACCACACUGCUUCCAAUUCUUGGCGGAGAGCAGUCGAUUACACUUACCAUUCUGACUUCUACACUCACCACUCUGGCUGAGGAAGAAAUCCACCUCAUCACCGAUUCCCCAGAGCUCUUUGAUCCGGCCCUCAUCACCACCACCACAGGCGCACCUUCUCUUUCUGUCCCCCUGUUGAGCCUGUCCUCUGUCUCACUCUCGCCCACCGCGGCGGCUGCGUCUCCGGAUGCCUCACCAACCCUCUCGCUGCUCACUGAGGACGUGGUGGCCCCCACUACUGACACUGAGUCCCAAGUGUCGCCUACCCUUACUGCACCCCAGCAGUCCUCCUCUAGGGCUUUCGGCUUCGGAGGUUCCCUUGCUGGAAUUGCAGGAGACAAGACGGCUUCUCCACGACCACAGGAGCAGGCAAUCACGAACAACUUCGAGAAAUUCCGCCGCCCGAUCACGCUGCCUCCGUCGACGCUUUCGGACCAAAUGCUUCUGUUCGCGUCCCAAGAGCCCGACCAGGUGACUCAGCUCGCCGGCGGGGAUGACGGUGCCUUCCAGACUAACACGUACUUCACGACCUACACCUACUACAACACGCUCUUGGCUGGCAACCGACCUUUCGUCAUCACCAGCAAGCAGACGGUGCAGAACGUCGUGACUGUUCCUCUGCCGGACACCGGGUCAUUCAUUGAGAGGACGGAGGUGAUCUUCGACACGGAGACGUACUUCACCACGCAGACCUUCACUCGCACGGACGCCAACGACAAGGUGGAGACGUCGGAGGAGGUGCUGACGCAGGUGGUGAUCACGGAGGCGCCGUCCGUGCAGCGCUCGACCGUCGCCCCGAGCAGCACGUCCCUCAUCACCAAGACGUACUUCACCACGCUCACCUACUACAACACGGCGCAGGACGGCCGGAUCAGCAGCGAUACGGUCGUCUCGUCGGAGGUGGUGACGGAGACGACCUACGCGACGCCCACGCCCACGCUGGAGGGCGAGGCCGCGGUCACCCUCACCCCGACGCCCGCGCUCCAGCCCGAGGUGUCCUUCAACGCCGAUCAGGACGAGCUGGUGGUGUACGCCACCAAGACGCUGUACACGACGCUCACGUACCUGACCACCAUCCUGGAGGGAAGCGAGACCAUCACGGCGUCCAGGAUCGAGGUCUCGUCGAACAUCGUCACGGAGCCGCUGACGUCGGCCCUGAGCUCGGAGGAACUGAAUUCCAUCAGGAGCUCUUACCUGUCGGAACAGCUGAGGCCCUCCGCCGCUGCUGAGCCAGAGCCCCAGACCAUGUAUUAUCACAUCCGCGAUAACCUGUACAAACAGCUACGCACUUUAUUCGCCACUUACACACACUACACCACGAUGAGCGGCGGGGAAGUGCUCUCGCGGCUGGAGACCAGGACGAGGAUCUUCACCUCCACCGUGACCACGGCCAGCGUGCCAGCGUCCCUCCUCAUCAACCCCACGGCUGCCGUCGAGCCUAUCUUCGCGACUGACUUUGCCUCGUCUGCAGGACCGAGCCUGCAGCUGGACCCAUCCUAUCUGUCUUCGCUGAAGAAUUCCUUCUUGGCAGGUCGACCCACUGUGGGUGAUCCGGGCGAGGAAGAAGGCCUCAUAGCCACAGUGCUGGUGGAGGAGGGCGAUGCCUCAGGCAUCUUCGUGGUUAGCGACUCCACCACAUCAGCCACUCUGCUGGUCCGCCCCACGGACGAGCCUUCGACUUCGUCCAUCAGCGGCCAGACGAUUGUGAUCGUCGACUCGGCGCACUUGUCGUCCCUGAAGUCGUCCUACCUGGCCUCGAUCUCGGCGCAGCUGGCGUCCACAAAGGUACCAGCUGUCGAGUCUACUGUUAGUCCCUCACCAACCGUGGUCCCAGCCACUGGAGCCUCCGUGAUGCCUGGCGAGGAAGACCCAUCCACGACGACACCAGAUCCAGAAACCGAUCCUACUAUUACUACGUCCGUCCUCAAUGAAACCACGGUCGUGCCAGGCACCGAUGGCACGCCGACAACGUUGGGUCCAGGCGAUACAGUCGUUGUCGUGGACCCUGGCGAUGGAGGCGAAACGACCAUCCUACCAGAGGUGCCCUUCACCGUGCGUCCUGACUUGCCCAACCCCGACGAACUCUUCCCAGGAGGAGUCAUUCCAGCGGCAGCCAGCGGCGAUUCUUCCUCUGGUGGCGGCAGCUCCUCCUCCUCCUCCUCCUCGAGCGACGGUGGCUCAGAAGCCGCCGAGGGCAGUUCUGGCGGCAUCAGCAUCACAGGGUCUGGAAAUAACGGCCUGAACAUCGACCUGGGUCCGAUGCUGACGGCUGUGGCUGGCAUUCUCCGCAACAAUCUCAACAGCCAGAUUGCUGCCAAAUCCGACGACAACCGCAGGAAGAUCAACUCUCCCCUGCGACCUCCCAACACUCUCAUUUCCGCACAGCGUGAACCUCUGCUGAUCCCAGUGGGUGGUGUGGGGGCUUCGCUGAGCAGCUCUCGUGACCACACCGAGGGCCCCGAGCAUGGCUUCAUUCCUCUCAGACGCCCAACAGCUCCUGAAACGCAGCCCCGAUUCCCUGCCCGAGAGCCACCGCGAGGCGCACCGGCGUUGAAUGCCAACCCAGGCUUCAUCAAGAUCGUGCCCGAGCUGCCAGACCUUCCCACCCCCAUCCAUCUUGAUGAAAUGGAAAAGUUCGGCCCCACUUUCCUCCCGCCACAGAAGACGCAGUCCGGCUUCACCGCCAUCACAGAGUCUCUGGGACCGACACGCGUGUCUGUGAUUUCCGGAUCUCAGACCAUCUUCUUCGGCGGAGUUGAUCUGCAGGAUCUGCCUCCGCCAGGCCAGCCAGCGCCGACAUCCGUGCAAGGCGCAAGUGGCUUCGAGCGCACGUCCUUCUUCCUGCAGCCCAGCCAACCCGUCCUCCUCGAGGAGACGAGACCCGUGCCGGCGCCAGUCCGAGUGCUGGUGCCAGGCGACGGCGGACCUAUCCCGCUCCCAGUGAACCCACAGUCCCUGGGUGAUCAGCUGGCGGUGGGAGACACGCAGCCGGGCGGGAUAUUCUCGAGGCCGUCUCCGCAGCCGCCUCAGCCCUCCCGAGUCGGACCGGCCACGAUCGUGAGCAUAGAAGGGGACAACCGCAUCGUCGGCACUCAGAUCGUCCACGCAAGGCCGGUCGACUCUUACCGGCCUGAGCCGUCCGUUAUCGUCUCGCCCGCACGAGGUGAGUUCGUGCUGCAGUCCACUGUGGGCGUCGGCAUCUUGUCGAGUGACUCCGAGAACGACCAGCGGCCACGCCCGCCUCCGGGUCGAGAAGGAACCGUUCUGACGGGCGUCGAGACCAUCCUCGUAGGCCAGGGGGCUGACAGCAGACGUACCGUGUUCCUUGGCUCCUCGACCGUGAUGUCAGGCGCCACUACCAUCUUCACACCUCUGUUCACCCGACCUCCAGCAAGUAACGAGCCUUCGGGCGACCUAACCUCCGUGGUGACAGGCCCGGGCGGUCUCCCCACGGAGUACAUCACUCGCGUGGAGACAGAGGCUCGCACCAUCACCGCUACACGCACUGACGUCCUCUACACGGGCGGCGUCACAUCCACGCUGACGCAGGUGAUCAGCAGCACCCUGCCCCUGCGCACCAUCGUCACCACGGUCGUCGGAAUAGCCACGCAGGUCAACUACAUCACGGCGACGGCGCCCGCGGACGGCGCCUUCCUCCCCGGCGACCCCACUACGUACCCCCCGGGCUCGCCCUUCGACCCGGCCAACUACCCGUCCUUCCCCUUGGACGCCCAGCCCGGGGACGACGACCUGCGACUCCCCGAGGACGCUGAGGUGGUGCUGAACGAGGCCAGCCUGGGCAUCGCCGAAGACAACGAGAUCAGCCGCGUGGUGGAGAGCAAGAGCCCGGAUCAGGAGAUCACCGUGGGGGGCCCCGUGCGCGCCGCCGUGUCCCCGUGCGACCCACAGUGCUCCGCCGCGCGCCACGAGGUGUGCAGGCUCGUCCGCGGUGCCUACGCCUGUGUCUGCCGAGCGGGCUACGCCAGGAGAGGCAGCGCUGAUGCAUGCGAACCAUCGGCCGCCUACAACGUGCAAAUCCUGCUCGACCGCGUGAGCAACGAUCAGCUGAUCUACAACUCCCUCUUACGCAACGCCUCGCACCCAUUCACCAUUGAGCUCUCCAACGAAGCCACCUUCGGUAUCGACCAGGCUAUGCUCGGCUCUCACCUGGCGCCCCGCUACCACGCCGCUACCAUUACCAAGUUCAUGGACACGAAGGAGACCGUGAUGCCAGCCUCUGUGGGAAAUAUGGACCACGGGCUGAUAGCCGAAGUCAAGGUGGAGAUCGCUCGGGGCGACGCCGGCCGCACCGAGUACGAAGAGGAGAUCAUCAGCGAGUCGGUGGUGAAGGAGGCCCUCGAGUCGUCCUUGAGGAACACCAACUUCUCCUUGGGCGGCACCGAGCUCUUCGCCAACCGCGCGGUGUCGGUGUUGGCGGCGCAGGACUUCGACGAGUGUUCGGCGGUCGACCACAACGACUGCUCCGACAAGGCCCACUGCUUCAACACCCUCGGCUCCUUCCUGUGCUCCUGCAAGGACGGCUACAAGGACAUGGAUAUAAUGCCGGGCAGGCAGUGCGCUGUCCAGACAGAGCAGUGCGCCUUCUGCAACUUCCAAGGAGAGUGCAUCGAGAAGGCUGACGGCUCCUACGAGUGCCGCUGCCUCCAGUGGUUCAGCGGCGAGCAGUGCCAGAUUAACCUUAGAGUACUGCUGAUCGUGCUGGUGACCGUGGGUUCCCUGCUGAUCCUCCUGCUCAUGCUGUGCCUCGUCCUCUGCUGCCUCAGAGCAAGACGCAACACUAGGAAUAAACUCGGACAGAUGACCGGCGCGCCCACGUUCCUCCGGGCGAGAGGGGCGGGCAUGGGCAGCACCCUCGACCGCCGCGCCAUGAUCCACGAAACCUCGUCGGAGAGUUCCGCCGAACGCCCACGAUCGCCGCCCACGUCGUUCAUGCCUCCACCCCCACCCAUGCCGCAGGACAAGCCCGAGCGUCCCCCCCGCCCCCCCAGGUCGGACAUCAGCGCCAGCAGGCAGUCCAGGACGUCCUUCGCCGAGGACCGCUCCGUAGGACUCCACACGACGCUGCCUCCAGUGCUGAUCCCGCGCGUGAAGGGCCCCGCGCCGCGCCGCCCCUCCGUCGUGAGCCGCGGCGAGAACGGAGAACCGCGCGUGAUGAUCGGCGCCGACGCGCGCUCUGACCUGGCGGCGUCGCAGCAGGCGUACGUGGACCUGCUGGAGCCGCCGACGGCCUCUAUCGCCCCGAGCCACCACGGGCGCAGCAGCAGGAGGGAGAGCCUGACCGCCGCCUCCGUCCACUCCAGCCACGCGCGCAUCAACCGCUCGAGGUCGCAGUCCCGCGAGCGCCUCACGGACUCGUUCCUGCACCACCACCUCCCGCAGGGCUCCAUGCGCUCCAGGUCCUCCGACAGGCUCCACCACAGCAACCACGACCUCCACUCCGAGUUCGGGGUCAACUUCUCCUUCAGGCACGACGGGGAGAGGAGCGAAGCGAGAUCCUACGACGAAACGACAGUCAGGCCGCCCGUCAGAACCGCGGGCCCCGACAGCUUCUACUCCUCGAAAGCGCUGUCUUCCCAACACAUUUCCGACGAGCACCAGACCAUGGCAGAACGUGACGGCGGAUCCACGCUAGUUUACCCGCAGACAGAACUAUACAGACCCGUUCGUGACACCGAUUCCCUAAGCGACAUGAGCGACCACCACUCCAAGGCCACUUCGAGCAGAGCAGCUUCCAGAAGCUUCUUCUCGUGAGGAGUCUCCUGAGAGAGAGAUGUCACUCAAUCGGUGCUGUCAAACUGGUGUCAAUCGCGUUGUUACGUCAAGGCUGCGACUUCUUUGUGGCGUUCCUAAAGUGCGCUGAUUACGACCCUCUCCGUUUUCUUCGGUUACUUGAACAAGAUGGGUAAACUGUGCUAAAUCUAGUGUAUAGAGUCGCCAAGUCAAGGCACGUAUGUCGGACUGUAUUGUCCAAAUAUCGGGCUUGACUGCAAAAAUAUAGUAAUGUUUUUUUGUUCCGAUUUUUUCCGCAAUUCCAUUUCGUUGUAGUAUUUUUCCAACUCUUGUCGUUUGUUUUUUUUUGGAAAUAGUCUUGUUAUUUAGCCGUUGAGAACACAGGCCCUUUGUCACUGCGCUUAGCUCUAGUAACAGUGAAAAAGGGCGAGGGAAGUAUCAUUUAGAAAAAAAAGGUAUAUAUUUUUCAGUUGUGUUUUUACCUCUGACUAUGUGCUUGCUCUCUACACUAGAGACCAAGAAUAUAAGGCCAAAAAAAUGGUUGUUUGCCAUUUAUGAUUACGCAAUUGCCUCUAAUUUUCAGAGGUGCUUUUGUAAUUGGCUAAAAAAAAUGGAAAGAAAAUGGGGACGCUCGAUUUGUUCAGAAGGGUGGAGUAAUAUUUUUUUCUUUUGCCACCCAUUUUGGUGCCUAUUAUUUUCUUUGUAAAAAAAAAAUGAACAUUAUGUAAUAAUGCUAAAUGUAAAGCAAAGAAGGUCACAAAUAGCUUGAGGAAAGUGAUUUUAUUUGCUCAAGAAGGCUUUGAUAAUAUUUAUUUAUUUUUGAUGCUAUAGUUGUCACAUACACAUACAUAUAUAUACAUAUAUAUUUUUUUUUAUCUGUUUGCUGUUUCGUAAUACCUGUGAACGCUGGUGACGGCAUUUCUUACCCUUUUUGUGACCUCUUUUGCUCUUUUAUGAUAUAUAUAUAUAAAUAUGAAUAUAUUUUCCUCCCCCCCACAUACAAAAAAAAAUCAUUAAUGUCCAUUUAUUGUAAUUAUAUAAAAUGCUUCUUAUUUUACCUUUUACUGUUUUCAUGUAAAGUAAGAAAUAAAUUGUUUUGUUAGUAUACUUGUAAUUACUAAUAAGUAUGUUUUGGGGUAAUGUUCAUUCAUUUGGUUUCGCAAAUGAGACUAAAAAAAAUGUGUAAAACAAAACAAACAGAAGGAAAAAAAAUAAUAUAUUUUUCCUUCUUGUUCUAUAGUUUCACCAUUGAUCAAUAAGUCGAAUUUGCGAUCCUGAAAGAUCAUAUAUAAAAAAAAAACAAUGUUAUCCUAAUUAAUACAUGAUGUAAAUAAUUUCAAUUGUAUAUAUACUAGUAUUGACGAGCAUGAGUGUGGCUGGUCCAAACUGAACACGAUUCUAGCCAGCGAGGUACCAUAGGCAGAAAUCGAGGGGCAGGCCUGGCUUUUUCUAAAUUGUUUUCUUCUUGCUUUCUGUGAGGUUUGGGGAUAAAAAGGGAAAAGCAUUUAAUAACCAGAUCUCUUCUCUUGAUUUUUAGAUUCAUUGAUUGAUAUAUUGUAAGUCUAUUUUUUCAGGUUUUUGUUUUUUUUGCCUUUUUCCUUCCUCUCGGGAGAAUGAUUAAAUAGUAAACAUCCAUAUGGACCAAUAAAGGUUCAGAAUAACUCCCCAGAGGCUAUGUGUGCCAAAUGGCAAAUCGUCAUAGAAAUCUUAGGGUCGAAAACCCAUUUUUCAUUAACAAUGUAGUCGAACUCGUUUCUUCUGAUUGUUUUUGUUUUUUUUAUUUUAAGAAGGCCUCAAUCCUCUCUACCUGUCCUUACGUGUCCUUAUUGUGACUUGAUUCUUCGGCUCCCCCUUCCUGCCCCUCACCCCCCCCCCUACAAGAGGAACUACGGUGUCAAAAAAUAUAUUUGCGCUUGCUCCAUUUUAUUAAUAAAUAUUA